UAGCAUUUCCAAGUAGUUGUCCAUUUGCAGUGUCAAAUUGCGAUCGACUUUACAACCAGCAUUUAGUGUUUUAAUUUCUUCAAAAAAUGCUUCACUCGAAAUGGCUUAGUGUAAUCCUUGUGUUGGGUUUGGCCGUGCAGAUUUGUCCAAAUCCUUACACUGCCAGGGACGUUACCGACCCUAAAGUGUUCAGAUGCAACUGUUUGGUUAAAGCAGUGACCCACAUGAGAUUGUCCAGGUUGUCGUUUGACAUAAAGAACACUCCGGCAGAUACAAUCCUGGACAUAGUCGUUCACGGCAAUGCCAAAGAAGCGUUAUCUGUAUUGUACAAUUUAGAGGGUGUGAAAAUCGGCUCAUUGUGGUUGUUGCACUUGUACACGGGACUGUUGAGAGCUUAUUAUUUCAAAGAUUUAUACGUGGAAGGCGACAACGACAAACCGCUCAUGAUUCGGAGAAAACUUUUCGAAAGACACGGUUAUGUCACCGAAUUGCUGUUGUCCGACUGGAGAGCCAACGAUUGCGCCUCUUACCAUUUAAAAGAUUGGUGCCAGCAUUGGAUUAGACAUCAUCGAGACGCCGAAAUUUUAGUGAUAAAAGAAAUAGUCAGGAGGAACAACAACGAAUUUGUAAGUCUUGUGGAGACGAGAAUAAAAUUGAUGAACGCAUACGAGAAACAGCGGUACGGCGAAGUCAGUGAUUCGUUGAGGAUGAAAAAUCUAUUGCUGAACGACUUGGGCGAAAAAACGGUAACCAGAAAGGCGUUUAUGAAUGCAUACGACGUGGAAGUCGAUUGGAAAGGCGCCAACCACCUGCUUGAAUCGUCCUGGGAUCGGGCGCUUAAGGUCACGUGGCCCUUUGAUCAUCUUCAAAAUCUCAAAUACUACUACACGGCGCAUUUUGCUCUACUGAAAAUCAUCUUUUUCCGGAUAACGUCGGUGCACCUGUUGUACACUGAAGUGCUGGAAAAAAUCUCAAUGAAGCACAGCGUACAGUACGCAAGAGAAUGGUCCAAGUAUCUUAUGAAUUUCGCUAAGAUGUUGCGCAUCGAAGACGAUCCGGACGUCCGGAAUUUGUUAACGGUUUUCGACAAGCUCGGCGAUCUAAAUCGAAGCACUCCGCUUGUAGGCGCUAUGAUACAAGUCUUAAACAAAAUCUUAUACAAUUGCUCGCUGCCGUUACAGUGCGAUGCCACAAAACCGAUGGUGUUGAACCCGACAAAAGUAGAAAACGAUUUGCGAGACUUGAUAAGUUCUGGCGGUGGUGAACCGGAGGAGCUCAUCACUCAGAGAGCAGCCAAUAAAUUCAUGACCGACGUGGCAGUAAUAUUCAAAGGAGUCGACUUUGGCGUCGUUCGAUCACUCAUAGAAUAUAUUGAUGAAAUCCACGAGAUGACGAAAAUAGUAUUAGAAGAACCGGCGCUCACUUUUGAAUGAUAACCUAACCGCUAACCGUCAAACCCCUAAGAAGAUAUAGUUCAAAGACAAUGGAAAUCAAACGGGGCCAAAGUUCAAUGUGAUAUAUAAAAUAAACAACAAGGUAAAAAGUUCCAGGCAGAACAGGGUUUGAUGACGUCACGCUUGGUUGGCGCUCAUUUUAUUGCGAGCAAAUAAGUAUAUAUUUAGUCAAUUAAUGGUUAAAAAAAAGCACAAAAUUAUUGUUUUAUCAUAUUUUAAAAGGGAAUCUAGCUAGGAUCGAAAUUAAAAAAAAUAAAAACUGAUAUACCAAGAUCUAAUUUUGGUUCAAAACUCAUAGCAUAUUUUUGAAAGUUCAAGUAAAGUAAAUAAAUGUGUUACGUUAGUGUUUAAAGCAUAGAAAAUAUUUUAAGACACCCAAGUAAUAUGCAUACUCAUUCCGGUUAGGUUUGCUAAUGCUAUCUAACUCAGUCACUGCAACAUCAUAUCCGUGUAGGCUACUUGUGUUAUAUUUUCUAAUCUAUCUUAUUCAAUUCUCUAACUUCAUUUUUACAUAAUAUACACCACUCUAACGGUAAUGGCCAAUAAAGAUGUUACACCAAACUUGUCGUUAUCUAUUGGUAAAUUAUGUACCACCGUAAUAAACUAACUUUUGUUAAAUUUACGAGUGUUGUUUAAUCGUUAUUUUAUAUUCAGGUUAUUACCAGUAU